AAGUUCAGUUUAAGCUGGAGCGCAGUCGAGGUUGCGUCGUUUGCUCGUUCGGUCGGUUCGCUCCGCUUCGUUCCGUUCGGUUAGUUCCUCAUGAUAAACCAAAUCUAUGAAGAUAUAUGAAAUCUGGAGGAUACAACAAAAAAUACAUAAAACUAAAUACACUCACUCUCACGUAAUCGAAAUACAUGCACAGAAAACUGGAGAAACGAGAAGCAAUCUCAAUACAAAUACUUAAAAAAGAAAUAGAUUAUAUAUAUAGUAUCUAAAGAGUGUUAAAUAUGCUUGAUAAAAGCAUUGAUAAAACAAUAACCGUCGAAUUACCAUUUUUUGUGGAACGAACGUGUACUGAUUGCGAUACCAACGAGAGCAUUAACCUGCGACCAGAAUCAGAAUCUAAAUCGAAAUCAUCAUCAUCAUCCACAUUCACAUCCACAACAUCAAGAUCUACAGAAUUCCGAUCAUUAGGAGGAGCAAGUGCAUCGAAAGAUUGUUUAGAAAGAAGAAAGUGCUGCAAGAUCAGCAGAUGCCAUCCAAAUGCAAAACUAAAACUCUACAGAAAUAUCUAUUUAUGCAAAUGUAAUCGAAUGGCAAAAAGCUGUAUAUAUUUUGUAUUAGUUUUAGCAAUUUUAAAUCUAAGAAAUACUAGUGCUGCUUUUCAUCAAGAACCACAACAAGAACAUAAUAAUUAUAAUAAUACAAUUAAUAAUUAUAAUGAUAAUGUAACUCAAAAUUCAGCUGGUGGAUUACUUGAUAAUGCCAGUGAAAUAACUCCAAGCAACAAUUACUCGAUAUAUCACGAUAAAUAUAAAACUAUAAAAUACCCAGAUCCAAAAUUGAUCAUCGCUGAGACUGAAUCUGAAUCUGAAUCUGCAUCUGCAUCGGAGGCUAGUAAUACUCACAACAGCAACAACAAUAUUAAUGCCAGUGUGAAAAAGCAAAAGAACAACAACAACAAGCAACAGCAGAAGAAAGUUGAAGAGACUGAAGAGAGGCAUCAUCUGUUGGGAGAUUUAGAUACAUUUGGUACAUAUAGUAUACCAGAUGAACCGAUCUAUACUAAUGAAUUUGCCGUGCAUAUACCCGCUGGCAAAUCUAUCGCCGAUACCAUAGCCGAUAGAUACGGCUUCGUUAAUCGUGGUCAGAUCGGUGCCCUUGACGAUUAUUAUCUGUUCCAACAUCAUCGCGUGUCAAAACGUUCGCUUCGCUCGAGUCGCAAGCAUCACAGUGCCUUAAAGUCGGAGUUCGAGGUGAAAUGGCUACAGCAGCAGCAUGAGAAGAUCAGACAUAAACGCGAUGGCCCCUAUCAAGAUAUACCCACCUACAGUCCGUACAAUAUUUUACGCCAGCCUAAUGACUACGCUCUCGAUCCCAUUACGAAUACGUAUCCCCCUUUUUCAUAUUCCCCAGACCCUUCCCUAUCUUCAACAACAUCGCUUGUGGGUGGAACGCAUUCGCCGCGACUCAAAUACCGAGAUGUCACGCCUCUGCUCAUCUUCUCUGAUCCGUUGUUUAAGGAACAGUGGUAUUUGGUGAGUAAAAAUGGAGGUGCUAAGGAUGGCCUGGACAUGAACAUCGUGCCCGCCUGGCAGAAGGGAUACACUGGCAAAGGUGUCGUCGUGUCCAUUCUAGAUGACGGCAUACAGACAAAUCAUCCAGAUCUCGCUCAAAAUUAUGAUCCAGACGCUUCCUUCGAUAUUAAUGGCAACGAUUCAGAUCCAACGCCACAGGACAAUGGUGACAAUAAACAUGGCACCAGAUGCGCCGGCGAAGUGGCAGCUGUUGCCUUUAAUAACUACUGUGGAGUGGGCGUGGCAUAUAAUGCCAGCAUUGGUGGUGUUCGUAUGUUGGAUGGCAAAGUCAAUGAUGUGGUUGAGGCACAAGCCUUGAGCUUGAAUCCCUCGCACAUUGACAUUUACAGCGCAUCUUGGGGGCCAGAGGAUGACGGUUCCACGGUCGAUGGACCCGGACCUUUGGCACGUCGGGCUUUUAUCUAUGGCGUCACCAGUGGACGUCAGGGUAAGGGCUCCAUAUUUGUGUGGGCCUCCGGAAAUGGUGGACGCUACACGGACUCGUGCAACUGUGAUGGUUAUACCAACUCCAUUUUCACACUCUCCAUAUCAAGCGCCACGCAAGCUGGCUACAAGCCAUGGUAUCUGGAAGAGUGCUCCUCCACGCUGGCAACGACAUAUAGUUCGGGAACACCUGGUCACGAUAAGAGCGUGGCAACCGUUGACAUGGAUGGACGUCUGCGUCCUGAUCACAUUUGCACGGUGGAGCAUACGGGCACCUCGGCAUCAGCUCCCUUGGCCGCUGGUAUCUGCGCCCUGGCGCUGGAGGCGAAUCCAGAUUUAACCUGGCGUGAUAUGCAGUACCUUGUGGUGUACACAUCUCGACCGGGACCACUUGAAAAGGAGAGCGGCUGGACACCGAAUGGUGUGAAGCGUAAAUACAGUCAUAAGUUUGGCUAUGGAUUGAUGGAUGCGGGUGCCAUGGUUACCCUGGCGGAGCAAUGGAAUUCGGUGCCGCCGCAGCACAUCUGCAAGUCGCGGGAGAACAACGAGGAUCGCAAUAUCGCUGGUGAAUACGGCUUCACGUUGGCCACCCACAUGGAUGUCAACGGCUGUGCCGGAACCAUCAAUGAAGUGCGUUAUCUGGAGCAUGUCCAGUGUCGCAUCACAUUACGUUUCUUUCCGCGUGGCAAUCUACGGAUUCUACUCACCUCACCGAUGGGCACAACGAGCACAUUGUUGUUUGAACGACCACGCGACAUUGUCAAGUCCAAUUUCGAUGAUUGGCCAUUUUUGAGUGUGCAUUUUUGGGGCGAGAAGGCCGAAGGACGUUGGACACUCCAGGUGAUCAAUAGCGGACGUCGUCGCGUCAAUCAACCGGGCAUCUUAUCAAAAUGGCAGCUCAUCUUCUAUGGCACCUCAACGCAACCGAUGCGUCUCAAAUCCGAGUUAUUGAACACUCAAUUGCGCAACAGUCCCGUUGCCAGCAAUCCGUUCAUCUUCUCGUCUGCCUCCAACAUUGGCCAGCCCGCCAACGAAGGUGGCAACUUCAAUACGGAUAAUUUUGCCGGAUAUCUCAACUAUCAGAAUAUCUUUAGCAGCGCUGGCUCCAGCCCCGAGGUGGCAACUGCCACUUUGGAUGGACACAAUGUAACCACAACGUCGGUUGACCAACAGCAAGACCAACAACAACAGCAGACCCGUGCUCCAUUCAAUGGGGACAACAAGCUCAUCAUGUAUUCCUGUGAUGCCGAAUGCGGUACUCUCGGCUGCUUUGGUCGGGGUCCUACACAGUGUGUGGCCUGCAGUCACUAUCGCCUGGAUAACACCUGCGUAAGUCGUUGUCCUCCUCGCUCGUUUCCAAAUCAAGUGGGCAUCUGUUGGCCAUGUCACGAUUCCUGUGAAACAUGCGCCGGCGCCGGGCCGGACAGCUGUCUCACCUGUGCACCCGCUCACCUCCAUGUCACCGAUCUCGCCGUCUGCCUGCAAGUCUGUCCCGAUGGUUACUUUGAGGAUGUAAAAAAUCGCACAUGUGUGCCGUGUGAGCCGAAUUGUGCCUCCUGCCAGGAUCGUCCAGAAUAUUGCACCAGCUGUGAUCAUCAUCUGGUUAUGCAUGAGAACAAGUGCUACUCCGCCUGUCCUCUGGACACAUACGAAACAGAGGAGAACAAAUGUGCCUAUUGUCAUUCCUCCUGUGCCACAUGCAAUGGAGCAACCGAGAAUGAUUGCAUCACCUGCCGUCCCAGUCGCUAUGCCUUGCAAAAUAAAUGCCUCAACAACUGCCCCGAUGGUCAUUAUGCGGAUAAGAAGCGUCUCGAGUGCUUGCCAUGCCACGAGGGCUGCAAGACCUGCAUCAGCAAUGGCAUCUGCACCGAAUGCCUGCCCAACUGGACGCUUAACAAGAAGGAAAAAUGCAGUGUGGCUGGAAGUGAGAUCUGUGCGGAUUCUGAGUUUUAUAGCCAGAAGGAGAGCGGCUGCAAGUCAUGCCACAGUUCCUGUGAGACCUGCAACGGACCAUUGUCUAGCAACUGUUUGUCCUGCUCUCAGAAUCGUUUGCUGGAGCAGAGCAGCUGUGUGAGCGGCUGCCAGGAUGGUUACUACAUGGAAACGGGUGUCUGCACGCCUUGCUUGCACACAUGCACCCAAUGCGUGUCGCGUACCAAUUGCAGCAACUGCUCCAAGGGACUCGAACUACAGAAUGGCGAGUGUCGCACCACCUGUGCCGAUGGUUAUUAUAGCGAUCGCGGCAUCUGUGCCAAGUGUUAUCUCAGCUGUCACACGUGCAGUGGACCUCGUCGCAAUCAGUGUGUGCAAUGUCCGGCGGGUUGGCAGCUUGCAGCUGGCGAAUGUCAUCCGGAAUGUCCCGAGGGUUUCUACAAGUCCGAAUUUGGCUGUCAGAAAUGUCAUCAUUACUGCAAAACAUGCAACGGUGCUGGUCCAUUGGCUUGCUCCUCGUGUCCGCCACACUUUAUGCUCGAUGGUGGGCUCUGCAUGGAAUGUCUCAGCUCCCAGUACUACGAUACAACAACGCAAACUUGCAAAAUAUGCCACGAGUCGUGUCACUCGUGCUUUGGUCCAGGACAAUACUCGUGCAAGGCGUGCGUUGCACCCCUUCAUCUGGAUCGCUUGAAUAGCCAGUGUGUGCCCUGUUGUCAGGCCAAGAGUCAAGAAAAAACUGAUGCGACUGCGGAUGAGGAGCACUGUUGUCACUGCGAUGCGGAGUUGGGUGAAUGUAAAAGUGCAUCAACAGGUGGCAAACGUCGAACAGUUGUCGGCACCGACAGUAUUUUCAGGAGUGCAAUCAGGGAUAGACAUCAAGAGUUGGCCAAUGAUGGCAACAGCGGCGCCUUUGUCUUCAGACUUGACUCACCGCUAACAGCCAUCACAGCAAUUGCGGUGGCCAUUUGUUUGCUAAUCAUCACAAUAUUCUCAAUUAUAUUUGCCGUGCUACAGCGCAAUAGUAAUCAUACAUCGCGCAAAUCGGUGAGAUAUAGGAAAAUCAAUGGUCGAAAAUGCAAUGCUGGCAAUGAAGCCAGAUUUAUAUUCAAUGUGGAUGAGAAUGCUGAUGAUACAGAUGAUAAUACCGAUGAUGAUAACGAUAAUGAUGAUUUGGAUGUCAAUAGAUUGCUGGCAAACAACAAGAGAAUUGUUUACGAACAACAACACCACAACAAUGGAAACGAAUUUUUUAUGAAAAGUACAAAUGAUAUUGAUGCGAUCGAGUUUCAUGGAAACAAAGGUGUCAAAAAUCCCAAUAUGAACUCUGAUUGUAGCAGUCCCACGUUUAUGAAUCCGCCAACAAGCAGUAGCAACAAUAGAAGAAUCAACAGCAGAAACAAUGUUCAAAGCUGAUUUUUGAAUAAUUCCAAUGUGAAUAUACCAACAGCAACAACAACACCAACACCAACAACUUUGAUCCUGAAUUUCUUGCUCUGGACUAGUAAAUUUUAACCUUACUUGAGGAAUAUAUAGCGAAUCGAAAUAUUUAACAUCCGAAAUGAUAAAAAUUUAUAUGUGAUUGUGAAUUGUUUUUAUAUAUAUAUAUAUUUGUAAA